UGGUCCACACAUACAAGUUGUCUACGCAUAGCAGCACGCACAAAGCUCUCAUCUCUCUCUCUCUCUCUCUCUCUCUCUCUAACAAUAGAGAAAGUAAGUAAGAAUGGUAUCAAGGGUGGAGGAAGCGAUGAAGGUGCAAGGCGCAGUGAAAGGGAAGGAGAGUUAUCAGCAACAGCUGCAAAAGCAAAUUGUGCAAUGCAACAAAGGGAAAAUUACCAAGUUCAAGAGAAGCACCUCUAAUCUUGAAGAAGAUGGGCUCUCCGCCGCUAUCUUUUUGCUGGCUUGCGUUGCCUGCACUCCCUCAAAUUAAUCUCUCUCUCUCCCCACAUAUAUAUACACUUAUAUGUAUGUAUGUAUUACUAGUCAGCUUAACAAAAGCAUUUUAUUUUCUUUUAUAUAUUUCUGUAAUGUUAGUUUCUCUAGCUAGCUUUACCUAGCUGAUUAAUGUUUAGUAUAUUUCUCUUUUGGCCAUUUUCGAGCUGUAUGAAUUAUGACUACAUAUAUAUUGAUCGAGAUCUCAUCAUUUCUCA